AUGAGGGUUGUCAUAGGUCAUCUUCACGUGAUGGAUACACACCUGACAUACAACGCAGGUCAGUCGGCAUGGAGUGUCUCUCUCAUCCACACGCAGCUGCUCUCAUCGAUCUGUUUCCAUCCCACCAGCGCACACAAGGCACAAAACACACACACACGACACUCGUCAUGUCCUCCACCACACCUGCAGACAGACAGACAAGGGAACAGACAACCAACCAUCAGAUCGGUCACACCCAUGGGCACACACCCGCAGCCAAUCAAGUGACUGACCCCACUCACCAGUCGCAGCACAAUGACAAGAGCAAGCGGCCAGUGGGGCGGCCCCGCCGCCCAGCAAGCCGUAGAAUACAUAGAAUUUGCAUCGGCGUUCUCCACCGGGCCCUCGGCAAUGUCUCCUGCACACACAACAUACACACAAAGGAGAGAGGUGUCUCGAGCCGUUUAGAUGCAUCAAUCCUCCCCUUAAGCCCCUUGCCAAGGACCCAAGUAUGCUCACCACAGAGCCCCUCGAAGCGCAUCAGGCUAUCUUCUACAAACACAUACCGCGCCAGCUUCUCGGCCGUCCAGUGGACACUCCCACGUGGUGGUGAAGCGGUGCUGUCCUCCUUCUUGUCUGAGGAGGCCCCAUCGAGCACCACUACUGCAGGCGCGUGUCUCCCGCCACCCCGAUCUCUCACAGACACUGUUAUCGUCCCGUCAUGCUCGUCCUUAAGCCCCUCACUCAUAGCCACUGAUAGGAUGUGGUCCUCGUCAAAUGCCACACCGGGGAUCUGCUGUGCCUUCCCAACAAAUGCGGAGGAAUCGUUGCCUGGGUUGGCGAGGAACGUCGCAUUGAGACCGCUCAGUGCCGCGAUUGUGUCGGUGUGUCUCGCGGUCGUGAAGAGAGGGAACAAUCGCCGAGAGAGGGGACAGAACUUGCAGUGGGAUGCGGGCAGCACGGUUGGGCGAGAGGGGAAGUGCUUAAUAUAGAGGGCGAUGAUGCCGGCAGGGUCCUUCUGCAGCCACACCAGAGGUCCCAUUAGCACAAAUAUCUCAUCGUCUGCCCGUGACGCAUUCAUCGCCUUCAUCCGCUUCUCUAGCGACGUCAGUGCAUCUCUCCUGUGGGGCAGCAGGGUGAGCGACACACCAAAGGGUAGCUGAUGGACAGCAGAAAGCGCCGUGCUCUUGCAGAAGCUCAUCCGCUGCUGCUGCGCGUCCGUGCCAGUGAGAUACUCCCACCGGGACUGCAGGUCCCUGUCUCCCGUGCUCAUGAGGUGCAGGUGCCUCCCCUCUUUGCUCGCAUCGGCACACGUGCUCUUGUCCGCAUAUUUCUUCACAGACGGGCCUUUGGGUUCUUUACCAGCAAAGUGAAUGCCGAAGUUGCCCUCCUCGAACUGGUUGUAAGAGUGCCGCCCGAACUCGGUAUACUGAAGGAGACACAUGUUGUGCUGCGCCUCCCUGCUGAAGAAGCGAAAGCAAGUCUGCCCAUAGCACCGAUUCCCCAGACAUUCGUCCAGGUUGGAUCGGCAUUUUGUGGGUGAGCCGAGGAGCACAAACACAAGGGCCGUCUGGUCGCCCCCGAUGGGCUGCGGCGGUCUUGGUACGAUCUUCAGCGCAUCCGCAAUCAGCCUGUGUGAGAACUCGGUGUUUUUGAGAAAGAAGGCCCCGCUGUUGAUCGCAGUGGUGGUGGUGUCAGUGAAAAAGAUAGCGUCUCUGUCCUCACACUUCCACUUGCGGAUGAGCGCCUCGAUCGGCUCCUCACAGUUGACCACGAUCAUGUCCGCGUCCUUCCACACAAUAUAGUCAUAGCCCUUCUGCUGCAGCGCAUACGACACCAGCUGCAGCUUCCGCUCAUACGGCGACGAGAAAGACCCCGCCCCGAUGAGGUCCAGAACCUGCUGCACUGUCUUGGUGAGAAUGGAAGCCCUGGGACGGACAUCCACAACGAGAGAAUACCCCCACUUGUUGGCGUACGCCUUGACGUUGCUGAGAGAUGCCUCCCAGUCCUUGGCCUCCGAGCUGGGGUACCACAUAAGCGACACAAUCGCGAUUCUCGCAGCGUCGCCGCGGCCAGGGAUGGUCUGAAUAGAGGACUGGUCGCGCACCGGUGGCAGAGGGGACGAUGCAGGGGCGCCAGCAGCUGACACUUGCAUGGUCGGAAGGCCGACCGGGGGCUCGAGAGCUCCGUUGUAAUGGGCCAUUUUGGUUUUUAUCGGCAGGAGGGAUGGAGCGUCUUCUGCAGUGGUGCUGGAGUUGGCAGCUGCUGUUUUGCCGAUAUGGCGGCCUGGCGGUUGUC